UGGCAGCUUUCAAAUCAAGAAGAUUUUCCUGGUCACCAUGAUGAAGUUGAUAUUGAAUUCCUUGGUACAACCCCUGGAAAACCAUACAUAUUACAGACAAAUGUUUAUGUCGAAGGAAGUGGAGAUGGAAGGCUUAUUGGAAGAGAAAUGAAAUUUCAUUUAUGGUUUGAUCCUACCAAAGAUUUUCACAACUAUGCCAUAUUUUGGUCACAAAAUGACAUAAUAUUCUUAGUGGAUGAUGUGCCUAUAAGAAGGUACCCUAGAAAAAGUGAUGCCACGUUUCCACAAAGGCCCAUGUACAUGUAUGGAUCAAUUUGGGAUGCUUCAUCUUGGGCCACUGAAGAUGGUAAAAUCAAAGCAAAUUACAAUUAUCAACCAUUUGUGGGCCAAUACCGAAAUUUCAAGAUUGCGGGCUGUGAAUUAGGUGGGCCUAAAGGAUCAUGUCGCCUUCCAAAAAUUUCACCUUCUGGGCCCAAUAACCUCAGCCCACAACAAGUCGCGGCGAUGAAUUGGGCCCAAAGAAACUACUUGGUUUAUGAUUAUUGCAAGGAUUCUAAGAGAGAUCAUACCCUCACACCUGAGUGCUGAUAAUUGGAUAAUACUUUUGUACUUCAUUUUAUGUUAUUGUCUGUUUGCAGUGUGUCGUUUUGAUUUUAUUUUCCAUUAUAAAAAAAAAAGGGAAAAUGUUAUGAUUGAGAUAUUGUUGAUGUUUUAUUUUUAUCUUACCUGUGAAGGUUUAAAAGUGUGGUGUCUAAGAUGUAAAUUUUGAGAAGGCGAAUGGUCUUCCAUUAAAGGAUUGAAAUAAAGGCAUUAUACGUUAUAUAUACA